UUGAAAUGCCAACUAUUUAGUUCGAUUUGUUCUGUUAAAGCGGUGGAAACCGAUUCCAGCUAGAAAUACUCCUCGAAAAGUGAAAACAAAAGAGUUAAACGGAAACGGAUAUCAGUUACUUUAAGGACAUCCCAUAAUCAAUCAAAAUGGUUAAAGACGAUCCCGAAACAGCUGCUCUCAAGCAGGAAAUCAACGAUAUGAUACAAAAAUUCAAGGAUGCAGGAAAAGCUCAAGCAGACUGCAAACUAGAGGAAAAAUGUUCUGAUAUGUCGGAUAUACCGAAAAUAAGACUUGUAUCGAAAAAGAUCCUUAAAGGACACAUUAACAAAGUAAAUUCCGUUCAUUUCGCUGGUGAUAAUCGACAUUGUGUGACAGGAUCACUCGACGGAAAGUUAAUCAUUUGGGAUACAUGGACAGCUAAUAAAAUUCAAGUUAUACCAUUACGAUCGGCCUGGGUUAUGACGGUAGCCUUUUCACCAUCAGGAAAUUUCGUCGCUUGUGGAGGGAUGGACAAUCAAUGCACAAUCUAUGAUGUUAACAAUCGCGACGCUUCUGGUGUGGCUAAAAUGACUAGAGAACUUCUUGGAUAUGAAGGAUUUUUAAGCUCGUGUCGAUUUCUAGACGAUAACACUCUUAUCACUGGCUCAGGAGAUAUGAAAAUAUGUCAUUGGGAUCUUGAGAAGGGUGUUAAAACAAUGGAUUUUAACGGACAUGCUGGAGAUAUUGCCUCAAUUUCUCUAGCACCCGACAUGAAGACCUACAUAACAGGCUCGGUGGAUAAAACUGCAAAGCUUUGGGACGUGCGUGAGGAUAAACAUAAACAAAUGUUUUUCGGACAUGAAAUGGAUGUUAAUUCUGUUUGCUAUCACAAUAGUGGUCAUGCUUUUGCGACUUGCUCUGAGGAUCAAACAGCACGUUUAUAUGACAUACGAUCAGAUCAGCAAAUUGGCCACUACGAGCCACCGAACAAAAAUACGGGCUUUACAUCUUGUGCUCUAUCUUAUAGUGGAAGAUAUCUUAUUUGCGGUGCAGUCGAAGGAACUAUUCAUGCGUGGGAUACCAUGAAAGUUGUUCACAAUGGAGUAUUAACUGGUCAUGAAAACCGCAUCACUUGCAUAGCUAUGACCCCAAAUGGUAUGUGCUUAGCUUCAACUAGCUGGGAUCAGCAGUGCCGCAUCUGGGUCUAAGGAAGAUUGCUUUAUUAUGUAUGGUAUUUCAAAAUUAUAAGGAAUGUUUUUAUCAUGUUAUGAAUUAAUAAAAAAAGAAGCAAAUGGUUCUCUUGAAUAAAAUGAUGUUAUAUGUUUAAGUAGCAGACAUA